AUGUACUGAUUGCCGCAGCAAGCUAUCUUGUCACAAAGUUGCACCGCCUACAAACGGAAUAUUGUUCUACAGUAGUCUACUUCUUGCCUAUUACUGUCUUGUCAUCCGCAACGGAAUUGCAAUCUUAGUUGACAGCGGUACAUUGCGUCUCUCUGUGGAUUGGGCACAUUGGCGAGAAAAGAAAACCUGGAUUUGCACAUACGCAAUUUACGCACUACCAUUCAAGGGGACAUCGAAUACUUCCAACGUUGUUAUCCUGAGCCCUCAUGGCAAACCCAAAAGCCUUUCACAUAAAUAGCCCGUUUUUGGAGAGCAUAGACAUGUCAAAACGGACCGGGACCAAUGUGUAUUUAAAAAUGGAAAGUUCCCAACCCUCCGGUUCAUUCAAAAUCCGUGGUAUAGGACACCUUUGCCAAAAGGUUGCAGGACCAGAGUCCAAAGGAGUUGUUUGUUCUUCAGGUGGCAACGCUGGGAUGGCCACAGCCUAUGUGGCACGCAAACUAAACAUUCCAGCAACUAUCAUUGUGCCUUCAUCCUCUCCUGAGCUGAUUAGGGAGAAGCUGAAGGACCAGGGAGCCACGGUCAGAGUAGUCGGCAAGGUGUGGGAUGAUGCCAAUGAUGAGGCCCUGCGUCUGACCCAGACUGAUGGCCUGACCUAUGUCCCACCCUUUGACCAUCCUCUGCUCUGGCAAGGCCAUGCCAGUAUUGUGAGAGAGAUCAAGGCCUCUCUUCCAUCCAAGCCUGGGGCUGUAGUUUUAUCUGUGGGGGGAGGAGGGCUGCUCUGUGGGGUGGUGGAGGGCAUGAAGGAAGUGGGCUGGGCCAGUGUGCCCAUCAUCUGCAUGGAGACUGAGGGAGCAGACUGUUUUAACGCAGCAGUAAAGGCUGGCAAGAUAGUCACCCUCCCUGACAUCACUAGUGAGGCCAAGUGUCUGGGUUCGAAGACGGUGUGCAGCCAGGCCUUUGAGUACAUUAAGGAGGGCAACAUGAACAUCAUAUCAGAGCUGGUCACUGACCAGCAGGCCUUGCAAGCAGUGGAGACCUUCCUGGACGAGGAGCGUGUGCUGGUGGAGCUGGCCUGUGGGGCUGCGUUAGCGGCUGUGUACUCUGGCGUCAUCCAGAGACUGCAGGGUGAGGGCCGGCUGCCUGUUCCCCUAGCAGGACCCCUAGUCAUGAUUGUCUGUGGAGGGAGCAGUAUCAACCAGGCACAGCUGGAACAUCUCAGGAAGGUCCUCAACAGAUGAACACAGAACAUGGAGCUCCUAGGCUGAGUCUCAAAUGUCACCCUAUUCUCUAUAUAGUUCACUACUUUUGACCAGGGCCUAUAGCCUUGUCCCAUAGUUGAUCAAACAAUAAAAUAGUUGGCUACAGCACAUACAGUAUGGACGAGGCUAUUGGAUUUCCACCAGUAGGUCAUGGCUCCAGACUGUUUUAAUGAAAGAUUAUGAGGACCGAUUCGUAAUUUUUUUUGUAUUGCAGCUUCUUACCCUGUUGUAUACAUUUUCACAAUGUUGACUAAUGCUGCCUCUAAUUUCCCUGCUUUGCAAUCAGUGUCAAAUUUGGAAAAUCUCUGACAACCUUUUAUGUCUCAUAGAAUAAAAUCUGAAAUACUAUUCA